AGAGUGCCGUGGCCUCACACAGCUCACAGCAACCUCCAACUCCUGGGCUUAAGCGAUUCUCUUGCCUCAGCCUCCCAAGCAGCUGGGACUACAGGCGCCCGCCACAACGCCCAGCUAUUUUUUGGUUGCAGUUUGGCCAGGGCCGGGUUUGAACCCGCCACCCUCGGCAUAUGGGGCCGGCGCCCUACUGACUGAGCCACAGGCGCCUCCCUAAGGCUGAGUUUCUAACUUGAUAUGCUUUACUUCGAAGAAGCCUUUCUAGAUGCAAAAGCAAAAGAAGAACCAUAAAUCUAGGGUAUCCAACCUGUGGCCCAUGUGCUAUUCUGUGAGGACUUAUUUUACUUAUGUGUAGUAUUGGACCUAUUUUUUGCUAAUCAGCUUUCCUCAGUAUUUGUGUAUUUUAUAUGUGACCCAAAACAACUCUUAUUCUUCCAAAGUGUGGCAGAGAAAAUAAAAAGUUUGGACAUCCCUGGCAUAAAUGAAGAGAUUCAUAUAUUCAACUAAAUAAAAACUGUAAAACUUUCAUAUGUCAAAAUAUCAUAAUUUUUUGAUAAAAAUAAGCAUACAAAAUAAAGAAAAAGAGAAAUUAGAGAAAAUAUGAACAGUAUGACUAAUUUUUAACAUCUUUAACAUAUAAACAGUCUAUAUAUAAAUGAAUAAAAUGCAAACACACAAAAAGAUUAACAAGAGAAGGCAUGAACAGAUAAAUCAUAAAAAAGAAAUAAAGUGGCCGACAAGUGUUUUUUAAAAUAUUCAACCUCACUAUUUUUUUUUAUUGUUUUUGAGACAGAUUCUCACUAUGACGCCCUCAGUAGAGUGCUGAGGCAUCACAGCUCACAGCAACCUUAAACUCUUGAGCUUAAGUGAUUCUCUUGCCUCAGCCUCCCAAGUAGCUGGGACUACAGGUGCCCACCAGAAUGCCCAGCUAUUUUUGUUGUUGUUGUUGUAGUAGUGGUUGUUGUUGUUUGGCAGGCUUAGGCCACGUUUGAACCCGCCAGCUCGGGUGUAUGUUGUCAGCACCCUAACCGCUGAGCUACAGGAGCCAAGCCCUCACUAGUUAUUUUAAAAUAUAUACUUAAAAAUAGGAAUUUUCUUUUUGGCACAUGAAAUCUGUAGAAAGGUUUUCAAUAUGGUACAUAAUGGUCAAGGGCAUUUGUCAUAUCUUGUUAGAAAACACCUUAAAAAUUUUGCCUACAUCCUAUAAUUUAAUUCAUUUUAUAAGUUAAUUCAUCUUUGUCCUGCCCCGUGAGGUAAAUGUUAUCAUCUUAUCAUCCCCCAUUUCCAGAUCAAUUGAGACACAAAGAAAGAAAGAAACUCCUAAAAUCUCAUAGCUAACAAAUGGUAGAAUCAAGAUUUGGAACCAUGCACUAUGAUACAAAAGUGUUAUCACACUCUCUCUCUCUUUUUUUUUUUUCCCCCAAGUCUGAUAACAAAGCUUGCACCAUUCCCUCAAUGGAAAGAUCUAUAGCUCUACCAUUUUUUGUGGGGUUUUUUGGUCUAUGUUGAUUGUGGUAUAAAAGCAGAGAAAUAAUAUUUCGUGUUUUUUCUUUUAAAUUUAAAAAAGUUAUAUUCAAGGGGUAAAAAAAAAAAAAAAAAGAAGCUCCUUCCCAACAUGGCGCAGUCGAUUAACAUCACCGAGCUGAAUCUGCCGCGACUCGAAAUGCUCAAAAAUCAGCUGGACCAGGAAGUGGAGUUCUUGUCCACGUCCAUUGCCCAGCUAAAAGUAGUACAGACCAAGUAUGUGGAAGCCAAGGAUUGUCUGAACGUGCCGAACAAGAGUAACGAAGGGAAAGAAUUACUCGUCCCACUGACAACUUCUAUGUAUGUCCCUGGGAAGCUACAUGAUGUGGAACAUGUGCUCAUUGAUGUGGGAACUGGCUACUACGUAGAGAAGACAGUUGAGGAUGCCAAGGACUUCUUCAAGAGAAAGAUAGACUUCCUUACUAAGCAGAUGGAGAAAAUCAAGCCAGCUCUCCAGGAGAAACAUGCCAUGAAACAGGCUGUCAUGGAAAUGAUGAGCCAGAAGAUUCAGCAGCUCACAACCUUGGGGGCAGCUCAGACGACUGCUAAAGCCUAAGAGUUUAUUGCAGAAAUGGGGCAGGGAGGAUCCUGCUUCAGGGACCUGGGACUCUGUGGGCGUGGCUUCCUGGUGUAGGGUCUCCUAUUGUCAAUAAAUAUGCAAGUUGGACAGAUUAAAAAAAAAAAAAAAAAAGAAGAAGAAAACACCUUGGCAAAAGUAUCAGAAAUCAUAAAAUGUUUAAAUACUUUGACCCAGGAGUUCUACUUCUAGGAAUUUAGUCUAGGGAAAUAAACUCCCACAAAGAUUUAUGUGAAUGUUUCAAGAUAAAUUAUUAUUAUUUUUCUUUUGGUAGAGACAGAGUUUCACUUUAUGGCCCUCGGUAGAGUGCCAUGGCAUCACACAGCUCACAGCAACCUCCAACUCCUGGGCUUAAGCCAUUCUCUUGCCUCAGCCUCCCGAGUAGCUGGGACUACAGGCACCCGCCACAACGCCCAGCUAUUUUUUGGUUGCAGUUCAGCCGGGGCCGGGUUUGAACCCACCACCCUCGGUAUAUGGGGCUGGCGCCUUACCGAC